ACGAGGUUACCGUAGUUGGAAACAUGGCGGAGUAUUUGAGUUUUCAAUGUGACAAGCAUACGCAAGCGAAAUGAAAAAAUCGAGAUCGCAGUCCAAGAGAGGGAUUUGUAAUCCUGAUCCUCGAGUAAUUUCUGAAGUACAAAGUGUGUUGCGCGGGAGAAUUUUCCACGCCGGUGUACCACCUCAACUACAUGGCUUGGAAGAGCAAAAUAGGGAGUUACUAGAUCUUAUCCAAAGGUGCGCACAAUAUGGAGAAAGCAAUUCUGUUUUACUGAUUGGUCCGAGAGGCAGUGGAAAGUCCCUGCUUGUGAAAAAAAUUCUUGAAGAUUUAUCCAAAACAAAAGGAGUAAAGCAGAACCUGUUAGAAGUGCAUUUAAAUGAAUCUCUUGUAGGAAUUUCUGUGUUGGAGUUGUGUCUUAUCAUAGCUAUGAAGCAUCUGGUCACACUAUCUGAAGGAGAUCCUUUCAACUUUGAGAUGGUUUACCAAGAAUAUCAAAAAUUUGCUCAAAAGAAAGGAUUAUCCAUUCAAUCUUUUGAAAAACCUGUUGUUCUAAAGGCAUUUGAACAUUUAACAGCAUUGGAGUUUGUGAACUCAAUUGACAAUAUUGCAAAAAACACUCCUAAAGAAUACAGACUUGUCACCUUGCUAGUUGAUCCAACACAGAUAAACAGUGCACUACAAAGAUAUCCUGACUGUCCAACAGAAGUCAAACAGUGGGCCACAAGUGCCAUUGUAUAAGUAUACCUUGCU